UUAGUUGUGUAGCGCGGCGGUUAAGGAAAUGUAGCUCGUGUGUUUAUGUGCAUUAAAUGCUCAUUUUUUAUUGCCAGUAAGAUUUAUUCACUAAUGCGGAUUAAACAUUUGCAGCUUGGACAGCUAAAGCUCGAGUUUCUACGUCUCGCUGCGUCAUGAUCCCGCACUCUCGCUGAGAUGUCCGGUUGCCAAGGCAACAGCGCCAGCAUCACCGGACUGCUGACCUCACUCUGCGACUGCUGCAUCUCCGGGUUGUCAUGGAAACGUUGCGCUCCAGGCACAGUGUCGCGGGAGUCGGCGCGGCGGAUCCUCCGCAAGCGUGCGUACGGGGCAUUGCUCGCGGGACUCUUCCAAGAUGGGUUGUCCAAACCGGCACCGCAGGCCCUGGUGAAAACACCGUCCCACAAUAAAAUACUAAUGAUCUCCUUUGACCUGCGCGUUUCCGGCCACGAUGAGGAGGCCGAGAGGUUGGAGGAGCUCCUGGGUCAGCUACGGGACGGGGCGGGGCUGUCCGAACUCAAUUCCGUCCUGGAGCUUCUAGUGCAGCUGGCCGGGUCCGUGGCAACACCCCUUCUGUCUUUCAGUCGCGACUACAUGCGGCGGGAGCGUCCCGUGCAGCGCAGACCCCCAUUGGGCGGGUACCUGAGCAAGGACACACAGCGCUUGGAGGAGAGGGCGUGGUCUUUGAUCUGUGGGGAGGAGUGGGGCGUGUUCGGGGGCGUCUGCAGGACCCUGAGCAUCAUGGACGCCCCACCGGGCACCGGGCUGCUCGGACUGGGGCGCAGACUGGAUUUUGAGGAGAAGUUUGACAGAGAGACCCGACUGUCAUUGUUUGGUGCCCUGCAACACUCCAAAACCACAGAUAUGGACAUCCGACUGGACAUGCCGCCCGUUCCCAGUAACGCAGAUAUCACUGGACUGAGCAUACGGGUUCCUCUGUCUCUGGAUCAGUCUGAUGACGAAGGCUUCCAGUCUUCCUCUAAUCUGACUCCUGAUUCCCAGUCCGAGGCGAGUCCCAGCCCUGAGAUCGACGUGUGGGAGGCCCUUCGGACGUUCGUGCCCGGGAGACGACGCUGUUGGGAGAACAUUGGCUGCCCGCCGGGUCAGAAGGACCCCCCGUACCUGACAGAAGCUGGCAGAGAGGCGUUUGAUCAGCUGUACCGGCUGUGGGAAGGAGAAAUGAGGAACGUUCUGGCCACACAGACACCGUCACCACUCCUGCCACUGCCACUGGACUGCCAGAGUCAGCUGGUCAAAGAUGUGCUCAACGUGCUGAUCGGGGUCUCCUCGGCCACGUUUCCUCUCAACGAGGCUAGUGUACAGUUUGAUGUCCGUCCGGAUAUAUGUGUGUCCGGGACGUCCCCUGAGAGUGUGUCUCGUCUGCUGGGUGAGCUGGCACAGUACGGCACACACUAUCUGCGCCUCAGCCGCUUCUCCCUGAGCAGCGGGAGUCAGAAGGGACUCGUCUUCCAGGCCUUCACAGGUGGGCUGCGGCGUUACCUGCAUUACUACAGGGCGUGUGUGCUGAGCACACCGGCCUCUCUUAGUCUACUAACUAUCGCUUGUCAUUUCCGCAAACUGGGGCGUCAGCUCAGGUAUCUGUCAGAACUGUGCUGUGUGGAUGGAAUCGCCGGUGUGGGACGAGCAACGUUCCCCAUGGGUGUAAAACUGCUGUCGUGUCUGUAUAAUGAAGCUCAGAGUAACUGCAGUAAUGAGAAUCAUCCGGUGCUGCUGUCGCUGCUGAAGAGCAGCUGUGAGCCGUACACACGGUUUGUUUCGGACUGGGUGUACGGUGGCGUCUUCCGUGACGUUUAUAAAGAGUUUAUGAUUGAGGUCAAUGAGGAUUAUCUGACCCACAGAGAUAAGAACUUUUGGACGCAGGGCUACACUCUCAUUUCGCGGGAUGCAGAGGACUGUGUGCCGGUGUUUCUCAAACACAUUGCAAACGAUGUUUACGUCUGCGGGAAAACAAUCAAUCUUCUGAAAAUCUGCUGCCCACAGCACUACAUCUUCUGGUCGGAUAUACCAGUGCCCAGGAUCGCUGUGACGUUUUCCCUGCAGGAAGUUGAGGAGAUUGAGAGAGACUGUGCCGUGUACCGAGGGCGAAUGGAGACGAUUGCAAGGCACAGCGCCAUCAGCAGGGAGGAGAAGGCCAUGCGGACUGAACAGGCUCGACAGGAGCUCAUUAACCAGGUCAGAGAGACAGCGGCCAAGACCCUGGAGAGAAUCAGAGGCCGCCAGGUGUCGCAGCGUCUGGCGGAGGAGGCCCAGAAGAGAGAGCGGUUUGAAGAGAUGAAACAGCAGCUGGAACUUGACCAGGAGUGGCGUAGUGCUGCGAAACAGAAGGAGCAGGAAGAUGAUUUCGGCUACGCUCGGGAGCUCAGAGACCGAGAGCAGAGGCUGCAGGCCCUCGAGGAGCAGCUGGAGCGCCGGGCACGGAUGGAUCUGAUCGCUCAGUAUGGUCAGUUAUCAGAAGCCGCUGCUAGACGAGAGCUCAGAGCCAUGUGGAAGGUGCAGAGGAUGAAACUCGACGAGCGCAGAAUGAACUUCCUGCAGCAAGAGCAACAGAACGUACAGGCUCUUCUGGAGAAGUUUCCUUUAGGUCUGGAGGGCCCCCCUCCGAAAACAGCCUACAAACAUCAGUCUGCACAACUACACACUGAGCAGAAUCUUGGUGAACAGCUAACGGCAGAUCCUCUUAUCCCAGAAUCCCAGAAUGAUGAAAUGCAUGCUCUCAUAUCAGAUGGAAUUGACAUUGCUGACUUCCUCCCCAAGCCUCCACGCCUCCCUGACAGUGGUGCCGUGACCCAGGCCCUCCAGGACAUUGGUUCUGACCUGCUACAGUUUCCUCAGAAACCCCACCUACUUGGACAAAAUGUUUCUGAAGUCCUAGAGUCAGUCCCUGUGCCUUGUCCAUAUGGACAAGCAUCCAAGUCCAGCUUCCAAUUGGGUCAGUUCAAUCCAGAGGUGUCCGUAGGUAAGCCGAAGGCUAGUGUUCAUGGACACCCCUCACAGAGCUCAGUGCAGCUGGGAGACUCCACUGCCUCGGGGUGGAACAAGGGUCCAAUCCGUUCGUUGUCAAACACCUCUACACAAACCACUCAAGGGCGAACAUGUGAGGCAGAAAAACAACUAACUGAAGAAGAGACAGGAACAGAGCCCUCGGCGGCCAGCACAGGUUCAGAGCCAAAGCAAGCCACACAGGAGCCAACAGAGAAAGCCAAGUCCUGUGAGAGUGUCAGCCAGCCCUCUCACUGUUCUCAGCCAGAGGAAGAACAAUCUGUGUCUCCUCUCAUAAGCUUCCAUGAGUCAGAGUCUGAUACUCAUACGAGAAAUAACAGUCGUGAUCCUGCUCCAGCACUGAUCUUAUCCCUGUCCUCCUCUGAUAUCCGUGGCCUGAUAUCCUCUGACGCUCAUAUAAGGGUUGGCGAACAUGUUUCUGAAGUGACCAAUCUCAUCCCUACCGCUAAUAUUCAUGGCCACGCCUCUGAUGCCCAUAUAAGGGUUGGUGAACAUGUUUCUGAAGUGAUCAAUCUCAUCCCUACCGCUAAUAUCCAUGGCCACGCCUCUGAUGCCAACAUAAGAGUUGGCGAACAUGUUUCUGAGGUAACCACUUCUAUUCCAACCCCUAACAUCCAUGGCCACGCCUCUGAUGCCCAUAUAAGGGUUGGCGAACAUGUUUCUGAAGUGACCAAUAUUAUCCCUACCGCUAAUAUUCAUGGCCACGCCUCUGAUGCCCACAUAAGGGUUGGUGAACAUGUUUCUGAGGUAACCACUUCUAUUCCAACCCCCAACAUCCAUGGCCACGCCUCUGAUGCCCAUAUAAGGGUUGGCGUACAUGUUUCUGAGGUAACCCCUUCUAUUCCAACCCCUAACAUCCAUGGCCACGCCUCUGACGCCCAUAUUAGGAUUGGCGAACAUGUUUCUGAGUUAACCCCUUCUCUUCCAACCCCUAAUAUCCAUGGCCACGCCUCCGAUGCCUAUAUAAGUGUUGCCGCACAUGUUUCUGAGGUAACCCCUUCUCUUCCAACCCCUAACAUCCAUGGCCACGCCUCUGACGCCCAUAUAAGGAUUGGUGAACGUGUUUCUGAGGUAACCCCUUCUCUUCCAACCCCUAAUAUCCAUGGCCACGCCUCUGACACCCAUAUAAGUGUUGCCGCACAUGUUUCUGAGGUAACCACUUCCCUUCCAACCCCUAACAUCCAUGACCAGGCCCAUAUAAGGGUUGACAAACAUGUUUCUGAAGUGACCAAUCUCAUCCCUACUGCUAAUAUUCAUGGACACGCCUCUGAUGCCCAUAUAAGGGUUGACAAACAUGUUUCUGAAGUGACCAAUCUCAUCCCUACUGCUAAUAUUCAUGGACACGCCUCUGAUGCCCAUAUAAGGGUUUGCGAAAAUGUUUCUGAGGCAACCACUCCUCUUCCAACCCCUAACAUCCGUGGCCACGCCUCUGACGCCCAUAUAAGGGUUGGCGAACACAUUUCUGAAGUAAAUACUCAUAUCCCUAUCGCUAAUAUCCAUGGCCAUGCCUCUGACGCCCAUAUAAGGAUUGGCGAACACAUUUCUGAAGUAAAUACUCAUAUCCCUAUCGCUAAUAUUCAUGGCCAUGCCUCUGAUGCCCAUAUAAGGAUUGGCGAGCACAUUUCUGAAGUAAAUACUCAUAUUCCUAUUGCUAAUAUUCAUGGCCACGCCUCUGAUGCCCAUAUAAGGAUUGGCGAACACAUUUCUGAAGUAAAUACUCAUAUCCCUACCGCUAAUAUUCAUGGCCACGCCUCUGACGCCCAUAUAAAGGUGGGUGAGUUUGUGUCAGAUGUCGCCGCCUCUUGCCCACUUUUGGGCAAAUUUGGUCACUCUUCUGACAGCACUCUUAAAGUGGGUUGUGUGAUGCCAGACGCUGCCCUUUCAUCCACCCCUCUGCCUGGCAGCGCUUUCGGACAUGCGUCGGACUCCAUGCUAACAUUGGGGUGUGUUGUAUCUGGCGCAGACCCUCAGCGCUCUGCAUUGCCUGGAAGUGAGUUUGGACAUUCCUCACAGUCUACCUUGGGUAGUGGGUGUGUGGUCAGUGGGAUUGAGACUGUUCGACCCAGUUCUCUAUACAGCGAAGCCCGCGCGCACACAUCAGACUCUGCUCUGGGCAUGGGCUGUGUGGUUGGCGGGGUGGUGCCAGGCAGUUUGUAUGCUGACAGACUACUGAACAAAUUUGACCGAGCAUCAGGAGACACAGAGACACCAGCUGACACAGACACCCAGGCGCCCCCUAGUGAGCUGUUCUCCCUGGAUGAGGGACUGUCUGCCUGGGCUCUGGGACUAGGAUUGUCCCCUAAAAAGAGUCCAGAGGAUCGCUAUCUUCUCAGCCUGGCCUCACAGUACCAAGUUGAGCAGUACCAGGACUCAUACGGCCUGUUGACUUCGGCUCCAGAAUCUGAGCUGCUGCUUCAGGUCACACGAGGCCCGAACGGCCUACCUGUCGACCCCUCCCUGUACCGGGCCACUGAUGCCACUGCUGUUCAACUAAGCGAGAUGAUGCCACUUCCUGUGCUCAUGAAACACUCUGUUACAACACCACUGAUUACACAUGUGUCCAUGGUAAAUAAGGCCGUGGUGGAUUAUUUUUUCGUGGAGUUGGGCGUGGAGAAGCAUUUUAAAACUCUCAGGCAUUUCCUGUUAAUGGAGGAUGGAGAGUUUGCCCUCUCUCUCAGCGAUCAGCUCUUCGAGAAGCUGGGCAGUGGUCAGACCCCUGGCGAGCUGCUCACCCCGCUGGUGUUGAACUCCAUUCUGAAUAAGGCGUUACAGUACAGCAUUCAUGGGGACGGCGAGCUGGCGGCUCACUUCACGUUUGCUCUGAGAUACCUUCCUGAGAUCUUCCACCCUCACGCCCCAGACUCGCUGAACUGUCUCGAGCUCCGAUACAAGGUGGACUGGCCAGUGAAUAUCGUCAUCACAGACAGCUGUCUGAAUAAAUACAACAGACUCUUCUCCUUCCUGCUGCAGCUCAAACACAUGGUGUGGUCGCUCCGAGACGUCUGGUUUCACCUCAAGAGAACCGCGCUGGUGAAAGGUGCCGGUCGCUCCGUUCAGUUCCAUCAGCUGCAGCUGUACAGACACGAGAUGCAGCACUUUGUGAAGGUGAUCCAGGGCUACAUCGCUAACCAGAUCCUCCAGGUGUCCUGGAGCGAGUUCACACACAAACUGAGCAGUGCCAGCGAUCUGGACGCCAUUCACCGCACACACGCCGAAUACCUCAACAGAGCCAUCUUCAGGGGUUUGCUGACGGAGAAAGCCGCCCCCGUCAUGAACAUCAUCCACAGCAUCUUCAGCCUGAUCCUGAAGUUUCGCGGUCAGCUGAUCGUACAGCCGUGGGAGCUCCAGCAGGGGGUGCCGGUGCACCCCAGCUUCAUCGCCAUGCAGCAGUCCUACAACACCUUCAAGUAUUACUCCCGCUUCCUGUUCAAAGUGGUGACCAAACUGGUGGAUAAAGGCUAUCAGCCGCAUCUGGAGGACUUCCUGUUACGGAUCAACCUCAAUAACUACUACAAAGACUCUUGAUUGCCCCGUGUGUGUGUAUGUGUGUGUGAGCCCUCCUGCUUCAGUGUUCACGUCAGAACGUGUGGUGCGUUUAUUGGCAAAGCUGUCCGACGAAUGCAAAUGGUGUUGUGCGGUGACGCUUUAAUGUGGUGUAAAAAUAAAAUAUUUAAUUUUUAAAUUGCUUUCUCAUGACUCUUAAGUUAGAAAUGGUCACAAAGCUUUAUUAAAGAGUUUUACAUUCUAAAAAGAUGAUACAUGAGCAGAAUCUGACAGUCCAAUAACUGCUGCACAUCAUGUUGAUGAAUGAUUUUAUUUUCAUGCUCAAGCUCAUCGCAGGUUAAACGUCAGAUUGUUACUGAGGCAUAUUUAAAGUUCGAGGAACACUUCAGGAUGAGUGAUAAAUGUAAACAGUUCAACUUCAUUCAACACGUUUCCUUCAGUACAAACAAACGAUCACAGAUAAAUGAGGAUGUACCUAAUGAAGCGCAGUGGCUCCACCUGCACAGACCAAACCAAUCGCACAGGAAAUACUGAGGGAGAAAACAACUAAACUAUUUCGUUUUGUUACCAGACUCACCCUGAGAUUAAUUUUUCCACAGAAUGAAUGUUAAAAUAUAUCUAAAGGAUUUGUCUGAAUUUCCUAUUCAUUUGAAGUAUUAUAAAAGGUAUUACAUGUAAACAGACCACAGGAAGUUAGUGUUUUAAAUUAAAGUGUUUAAAAAGCGCCUAAAUUGCACAUUAACCAAAAAUAUAGAGGGAAAAAAAGUGCAAAUUUGUUUUGCAUUCUGCUGAAUCCCAAUUUGCAUACUUCUACGCAAUACUGAUGGUUAACUCGUAAUAUUGGCCAUCUA